AUGGGAGGUGGAAGCAACGCCGUAGCAGCUCGGAGGCGACGGGAUCAAGUUCGGGACUUCGUAGAGAGAGCUCAGAAAACCCUCCAUGUCCCCGCCGUCUACGACCAACACGACCCUCCCGAUACCGUCACCAGAGUGAUGAAUUUACCGCCGGUUGAGGUUAAAGAGAACGACGUCUGUGUUAAAAUGCUGGUCUCUCUCAUCAACCCUUCUGAUAUUAACAUAAUUGAAGAAUAUUGUGAUGAUGGCAUGAUGGUCACUUAUGGUGGCAUGUCUAAAAAACCAGUUACUGUACCAACUUUAUAUUAUAUUUUUAAGGAUCUUUCCUUGAGGGGAUUUUGGUUGCAGAGUUGAAUGAGUACAGAAAAGGCAGCAGAGUGUAGAGUUUUGAUAGAUCAUCUCCUUGACCUGGCUCGGGAAGGGAAGUUAAAAUAUGAGAUGGAGCUGGUUCCCUUCGACAAUUUCCACACCGCACUAGACAAAGCAUUUGGGAAACAAGGGAGCCAACCGAAGCAAGUCAUCAAAUUCUAAGCCUUGAGCAGGACCUAAAGCUCUCGUAUAACUUUUAGAAUAAACUUGAGUCCAUUG